UGACUGAUAAUUCUGAUAAAUAUUAUUAUAUAUUGUAAUCUACAAAUGACUGUGGAUGUUAACAUAUUGAAAUUAAAGUCAUUUCGUGUGGUGCAAUUGCGAAACAGCACCAUGCGAUUUACCGGUGUCAUCGUUUUGGCGCUAGUCGCGUUUGCAUGGGCUGAUGGACCUCUACCAUUGGCCACUGAAGAUGUGGGAACCCUCACCACUGCGGCAGAUAGUAGUUACCGUCUACCUGAAGACUUGGACCCUAUCAGUUAUGAUAUAGAAGUAACUCCAUACUUCACUGAAGCUACCACUCCGCAAGGAAAAGAACAAUUUACUUUCGAUGGCAUCGUCUACAUUGUUUUCGAUGUUCUGAAACCCAAUCUGAACUCUUUUGUUAUACAUGAAAAUGUAAAAUCUAUUUCGGCAGUAAGAUUAUUUAAGAACGAGAAUGAUGAAAUCGUUAAUUUGCUAUCUGGCCAAGAAUUUGAACGUGACAAACAACAUCAAUUUUUGAAAAUUAACCUAGCUACCGGCACUACUUUGGAAGUGGGAACGAAAUACAAACUGUUGGUUAUCUACGUAGGCAACAUCAACGAAACUCCUCUCGAGAGGGGUGUUUUCAGAGGAAACUACAAAGACGAAAACGGAGUUACACGUUGGUACCUGGCCACUCAUCUUCAGCCCACUCACUCUAGGCAGGCUUUCCCCAGCUUUGACGAGCCCGGAUUUAAGUCCACUUUCAAAAUUACCAUCAACAGGCCAGCUAGCUUCUCUGAAUCAUUCUCCAACAUGAAGUUGCUACUUUCAAUACCCCAGGGAAACGAGCGCAUUAAAGAGAUCUUCGAAGUGACUCCAAGAAUGUCAGCUUACUUGGUGACAUUCCACGUCAGUGACGGGUUUAAAGUAAUUGCUGAGAAUAAGGACAAUGAAAGGUCUUACAGAAUUCUCGCAAGAUCUAACGCUGAUGGUCAAGGAGAAUAUGCUUUGGAAAUAGGACCACCUAUAACCAACUGGCUUAGUACAUAUCUGAAUAUCGAUUACUAUACUAUGGCUCCGGGUAUUAAAAAUGACCAGAUUGCCUCACCGUACUGGGCUUCUGGAGCUACUGAAAACUGGGGAUUAGUGACUUACAGGGAACUUCGUCUGCUCUAUGAAGAGGGUGAAACAAAUGCUGCUGAUAAGCUUUCUAUCGGUACUAUAACUGCUCACGAACUUGCCCACAAAUGGUUCGGUAACCUGAUCACCUGCAGAUGGUGGGACAAUGUCUGGAUCAACGAAGGUUUCGCUAGCUACUUCGAAUACUUCGCUAUGGAUGGCGCAUACCCUGAAUUGGAAUUGGCCGAUCAGUUUAACAUUAUGUACGUUCAAAGUGCACUGUCCGCUGACUCGGCAACUAACACCAGAGCUCUACAGCAUACCGUCAAUAGCCCCACGGAUGUCACUGGUCAUUUCACUGGCAUUAGCUACUCUAAAGGAGCCUCCUUCCUUCUCAUGUUGAAGCACUUGGUCUCUGAAGAAACUUUCAAGCAGGCUUUAUACAAUUUUUUGGAUGACAGAAAAUACCAACACGCCUUCCCAUCACAUCUUUUCGAUGCUUUUGCAAAAGCAUUAGCAGAUAAAUCUGAAGAAGGUAUUGCUCUGGAUAUCAGAUCGUUCAUGUCUUACUGGGUCUUUGAAGAAGGAUACCCUGUCCUCAAUGUUAAAGUCAACAGCGAAGCUAACACCAUCGAACUUGAACAGGAUCGAUUCUUCAUCAGUCCAUCAGCGUCUCCCACACAACAAGUUUGGCCCCUACCAAUUACAUACACAACCCAAAGUAGCCCGAACUGGAACAAUCUCAGUCCUGUCAAAGUAAUGACUACGAAGACUGACACUCUCCAAAAUGUUGCAACUGGCGGCUGGGUUAUCUUCAAUGUGCAACAAAAGAAUAUCUACAGAGUGAACUACGACACUGAAACCUGGUUGAAGCUCGCAGAACAACUUCAAACUGAUCACAACGCUAUUCAUCAUUUAAACAGAGCUCAGAUUGUGGACGACGUUUUCGCACUCAUGCGUUCUGAAAGGUUGUCAUUACAAGUUGGCUUCCAAGUUCUGCAGUUCUUGAAGAAAGACACAAGCUUCUACGUCUGGUAUCCAGCAAUAUCCGGUUUUAACUGGUUGAGGAAUAGGCUCUUACACACCGCGCAACUCCCUACCUUCGACAGUCUCCUCUACAGCUACCUUGACAACGUUAUCCAGGAUGUUGGCUUCGAUGUAGAUGCUAAUGAACACAUCACUAGGACUCUUAACAGAUUCUACUUACUCAACUUCGCUUGCAACAUCGGUCACCAAGAGUGCAUCAACAAUUCUGUGAACAGGUUUAGGAGUUACAGAUUUGGUGAUCUAGCUAGUGUCAAUCCUAACGUGAGACGUCAUACCUUCUGUGAGGGUCUCCGAGCUGGCAACUUUGAAGACUGGAGCUACAUUGCCAAACGUCGCCAGGAGUCCAACAACCAGGCUGAUGAGGUGGCAAUGUUAAGAGCUUUAGGAUGUGCUACGAACGAUCAAGCUAGAAACGAGUACCUGAAAUUAAUCUUAACUGAAGACGUUAAGGCUCAAGAUCGAGUGAACGCCUUCACUUUCUUCUACAUGGGAGACGCAUCUAACGCUAAAUACGCUAUACCAUUCAUCAAGGAAAAUGUGAAAGAAAUUCAAAAAGCGGUUGUUCUACCUGCGUGGUUCCAAAAUAUAUUCUCCAACAUUGCUGGGUACUUAGAUGAGACAGGCUUAGCAGAAUACACAACUAUGCUCGCUUCAAUCGAAGUAGAAUAUCCCCUUGCAGUCAUCGCGGGUAGGAGUGCAAUAGCUUCUGCUAGAGCGAAUAUCCAGUGGGGUAACGACAAAGUUGCAGAGAUUAUAGCUAUAGCUGACAAUCAACUAACCACUACAACUACUACUACUACAACAACGUCAGAGCCUUCAUCUCCCAGUGAAGAACCAACGACUACACCAGAACCUGCUCCAGGCUCCGCCACAGUUGCUUUCCCAGCCACCAUAAUGCUUUUAUGGACAGCAUUAGCCAUCAUGCUGAAAUAGAAUCUAAGUUGUAAUUGUUUUACCACACUUAUUUUUAUCAAGCUAGCUGUACCCGCACCUUUGCUCACAGAACAAUGUAGGUACAUAAUUUUUGAUACCAGUUAUGUUUUUUAUUCAUAAUAUCAAGCUAUAUUCUAUAGAAAUUAAAACAAUAGGGCUAUAAGGUCGCAAGUACAACUGGUUACAAAACACAUUAUUUAUUAUUAGUUGCUGAAGGAGAUCGUAAUAGUAAAAGGUUAUAUUAUACGCUUGCUUAUUUAUUGUAAGGAGGUUCUAGUCUCUGUGUUAGCAAUAUGAUAAUAUAUCUAUGGUUAGCGAUACUGUGAUAACAAACAAAAUAGGCAGGAUGCACUGUGAAAACAGCUUGCAUAUUUCAUAAAUAAGUAUGUAUGUCCUUAAAGUCCUUAUUUUUAUCCUUAAAGGAAUUUUGUUAUUACUGUUGUUAAAUAAAUAAUUUUAUAUUCAUAAAAUAUGCCAUUGUUUUUUUAUUCUCUUGAGUAGUUGUCUCUAAUACAUAAACUUUUUACUAUAACGGCUCUUGCAGUCGACGACAUAAUUGCAAGCAGUGCUUUUUAUACACACACACAAAAAAAAAACUAACUGUCAUAAAAAUUCCGAAGUAAUCUUAGGAAAUUCAUAUUCAGGAAUGAUUGACUUAUGACACACUUAUAACAAGAACAAAUUCAGUAAUUUUCUAUAAGUACAUUUUUUUACUACACAAUUCAUCACAGCCACUUACUCACACAAGUAUCCAAUAUACUAUAAAUAUACAUAAAUAAAGACAUAGUUUCCGUUUUCAA